CCACACGUCCAUCCCCGAUCGCCGAUGCAGGGCCCCGCCGACUUUGCGCCGUUUGCCUUCGCAGGGAACCCGUACCAGCAGGCGCCGCCUGCGCAGAACACGCUCCACGGCGGCGGCGCGGACCCGAACGCGCCCGAGCUCUUCCGCGCGAACGUGCAGAUCGUCCACGCCGAGGUGCUCCGCGUGCAGGAGCUCGCGAAGCGCGCAAUGGACGGCGUACGGAACGCGUAUUCGCCGGGCCGCACGCCCGCGCAGACCGACGCUGAUCUGGCCGCGCUGAAGCAGGCGCUGGAGCACCUGGCUGCGUUGAUGCGGCAGAGCGGCGUCGGCGGGCUCCCGCUGCUCCCGAACGCGACCGCCGCCCCGCCGUCCGAGGACGCGCUGCUCGGCCUCACGACACGCACCCUCGCCGAGCUGUACGAGCGCCACAAGCGCAUGCAGGAGGGCGCACACGUCGUCGCCAACCGUCUCGGCCACCAUGUCCCCGCGCAGAGCCAGAGCCAAAGCACUACGAGUAGUCAGAGCCAGGGCCACAGUCAGAGUCAAGGACGGAAGUAG